AUGCGCGCCCGGAGGCCUCAUACCAAAUCUCGCACAGGCUGCUUGUACUACAAGCGUCGUAAAGUCAAGUGUGACGAAACCCGUCCCUCAUGCUUUCAAUGCACAAGACACGGCGUGGCGUGCAGUCUAGCACCGCAAUCCCCCAUUGACACUGUCGUAGCUUCGUCAGACACCAGCGGCGACGCCCAAUCUUCCAGUCUACCUAACUUGACUCACUCCAACCCCGGCACCCCAAAAGAGAACACGCCUGUCCCUGCCGACUGCCUUCCUUUCCUCAGUUAUCCUAAUACACAAGAUCUGAUGAUCCCCUUCUCCUCUCAUGAAAUGUGGUCUCACGAUUGGGAGCUAAUGCAUCAUUACUGCACUGUCACUGCCGAGAGCCUUUCAUAUCGCAAAGAUUUGGCUCAUGUAUGGGCUGUUGUUAUUCCUAGGCUAGGUUAUCAACACUCCUUCAUCAUGCACGGCGUCCUCGGCAUGGCCGCCGCUCAUAAAGCUUACUUGAUAUCUGCUAAGCGCAAAACCUACAUAUUGCUGGCUGACUAUCAUCAAACUCUCGGCUCUAAGGGUUAUCGUCAGUACCUGCAUGACUACACCUUGUCAUAUUGGAUGCCUGCCCUUAGCUUUGCGUCAAUUGUUAUCUUGCACAUGCUGACACUUCCUUUGCGUAAGGACCAUGGUAUAUCAGAAGAUCCCAUAGGAGAUGUUGUCAACUUGGCUGGGCUUCUCAGAGGUAUCAGAAUGACUCUACAGCCAGUGAUGAAGCGUAUGGUAAAGACUGAGUUUGCUCCUUUCAUUUUUGGAGUCUGGCUUGAUUCGAUUGACGAGAUGGAAAGUUAUCCCUCUCUGGACGAUUCAGGCAUACCUACAGACACUUGGGCAGUAUAUCAACAGCUUCGGGGCUUCCAAGAAAGCAGAAUUCCUAUCGGUUCUCUUCAUAAAUACUCCGAAGCGCUUGAUAAGUUGGAAACUUGCGCCAAGCUCUUCUCCGUUACUGGAAUACAUACUGAGGUUGGAGCCGUUCAAUUCUGGUUAUACGGUAUAGAUGAUACUAUCAUUAUGGACCUCGCAGCAUUGGAACCACAUGCACUUCUGCUUUUCGCACAUUACCUUGUAUACUGGGCAGUUCUAGAAACCCGAUUGUGGUAUAUGAGGAACUGGUCCUACGAGAUAUUGACCAAGAUAGAAGAGGCCCUGGCUUAUCGGCCAGAAUUUCUGGAGAAGCUACGAUGGCCUAAACAGAGAGUUGUGGAAAUCCUCAAAUAA